AUGGAGAGGCUCGAGGAACAAAAGCGCGUGGAGCGCGAAAUGGAGGAGAAGCGGCAGAGGGAGGAGGAAGAGAGGAAGAGGGAGGAGGAUAGGCGGGUGGAGCGCGAAAAAGAGGAGAAUCGGCAGAUGGAGGAAAAGGAGAGGCUAGAGGAACAAAAGCGGGUGGAGCGCGAAAUGGAGGAGAAGCGGCAGAGGGAGGAGGAAGAGAGGAAGAGGGAGGAGGAUAGGCGGGUGGAGCGCGAAAAGGAGGAGAAUCGGCAGAUGGAGGAAAAGGAGAGGCUAGAGGAACAAAAGCGGGUGGAGCGCGAAAUGGAGGAGAAGCGGCAGAGGGAGGAGGAAGAGAGGAAGAGGGAGGAGGAUAGGCGGGUGGAGCGCGAAAAGGAGGAGAAUCGGCAGAUGGAGGAAAAGGAGAGGCUAGAGGAACAAAAGCGGGUGGAGCGCGAAAUGGAGGAGAAGCGGCAGAGGGAGGAGGAAGAGAGGAAGAGGGAGGAGGAUAGGCGGGUGGAGCGCGAAAAGGAGGAGAAUCGGCAGAUGGAGGAAAAGGAGAGGCUCGAGGAACAAAAGCGGGUGGAGCGCGAAAUGGAGGAGAAGCGGCAGAGGGAGGAGGAAGAGAGGAAGAGGGAGGAGGAUAGGCGGGUGGAGCGCGAAAAAGAGGAGAAUCGGCAGAUGGAGGAAAAGGAGAGGCUAGAGGAACAAAAGCGGGUGGAGCGAGAAAUGGAGAAGCGGCAGAGGGAGGAGGAAGAGAGGAAGAGGGAGGAGGAUAGGCGGGUGGAGCGCGAAAAGGAUGAGAAUCGGCAGAUGGAGGAAAAGGAGAGGCUAGAGGAACAAAAGCGGGUGGAGCGCGAAAUGGAGAAGCGGCAGGGGGAGGAGGAAGAGAGGAAGAGGGAGGAGGAUAGGCGGGUGGAGCGCGAAAAGGAGGAGAAUCGGCAGAGGGAGAAAAAGAAAAGGCUUGAGGAACAAAAGCGGGUGGAGCGCGGAAUGGAGGAGAAGCGGCAGAGGGAGGAGGAUAGGCGGGAGAAGCAGCAGAGGGAGGAGGAAGAGAAGAAGAGGGAGGAGGAUAGGUGGGUGGAGCGUGAAAAGGAGGAGAAAAGGCAGAGGGAGGAAAAGGAGAGGCUCGAGAAACAAAAGCGGGUGGAGCGCGAAAUGGAGAAGUGGCAGAGGGAGGAAGAGGAGGAACGGGAGCAGAAGAGGCUCCAGGCCGAAAUGAAGGAGGCGCACAAAAAGGAGGAGGCAAGGAAGAGGCAGGAACGGGAUCACAAGAGGGCAGAGAGCGAAUGUCGAAGGGGGGAGCUGCAAAGGCUCGAGCGGGAAAAAGAUAUGUCACGGCAGAGGGAGGAAGCUGAAAGGGGACGACCACACCGUGUGGCGGAGCAACAAGCCGGGGGUCAGGCGGAGGAAGUGGAGGACACUGAAUGGGUGGAGACUGAGGCGCGGUUGCGGGAGGAGGCCAACGCAGGUCCUGUGAUUUUCGAGGAGACGGAGGGGGGAUUUGAAGAGGUUGGUGAACACAUCGCAUGUACUGGGCGUGUGCAACCCAUGACUGAGCUACUGCGGCGCGUCAUAUUGAUGGCGCAGUCGGUUGCGAGGAUGUUGGCGGACCAGAAUGUACGCCUCACACAGUGCUUCAGCGAAAUUCGACAGGUGGGGCAGGAAUUUGCAGAAAGGGAUGCUCGGUACGUUGCCGAUAUUGCCGAGCUAACGAGCGAGUACGCAAGGCAAAAGGAGUCAGUGCUCCUGGAGCAGGCAGAGCUUGGCCAAUUGCGUACUGCUCUUUCGACGGUAGCAGCCGCGGCACGAGCGGCAGCAGCUGAUGCAGGUCGAGCAGCUGCUGCAGCGGUUGUUGGAGCAUUGGAGGAUAAGUUUGCGGGGUUUAUUGACAGGAUUGGGGAGAAUCUGAAAGGUGUGGUGGAGCAGGCGAUAGAGGAAGCGUCAAAAGGGGGGAAGCUGGAAGCCAUCAUGGCGUCCGAGUCCCUGACAGCCCUAGCAAAGCAUGAGGAGGAGAGGCAACAAAAAGAGUUGGAGGCAGAGCAGGAGAAAAUAGAGAUGGAGAGGCAAAGGAUUGCGGCGGAGGACGUGGAGGGGGCAGAAGGGCAAGGGCCAGAUGUGGAGGGGAGAGCAAAGCAAGGGCAUGAUGUGGAGGGGGCGGUAGUGCAUGGGCAGGUAGGAGAGGCGGAUGAAGGUGGGUGGUCCGAGAUUCUUCGCGUGGUUUUGCCGGUCCUCGAAAAUCAACUGGAAGUUGUGGAUCUGGAGGUGGAUGGUGAGGAUCCAUUGCAUUUGCCGGGCCACGGUGAAUCAGAGACGCAGCCGCCCUUGAAAAGGCCUCGCACGGAGCAGACGGGGACGAACUUUGACGCAAAUCAGGGGUCUUUUGGGGCAGUUGCGUCAGAAGACAUGGAGUGGGGAAAUGUGUCCGGGAAUCAGAACGUUCAACCGAUGUUGGGAGAGGCUAUGGGAGAGGUUGCACAGCCAAGGAAGGUCUCGCUACCAGACGAGCUGGGGAAGCAAUGGGGGGAAAGUAAGCACUUCAGAUCGUCUCGUCUUACUACGCGCAAAAAGAAGGACAAGGAUGGGGUAGUGGUGAGCCGUCGUUACAACUCGGAGCAAACCGUCGGAGGGGUGAAGAGGAACAUGGGGAGCUACAAGGAGAAAAAACUUCGCGACUUCACCGUGGCCAUCUGUUGGAUGGCCUAUUACCCCAACACUGACAUGGUGCAUUACGGCCUGGAUCCCGAGGACAUUGGAUCGUGGACGGUCCACCUCGAAUUUGCUCUGGGAGUGGCUGCAGCCCUCUACACCCUGUGGUGUGCUUCGAUCGGCAUUCCCCACCAAGACUGGGGGGAGGGUGCAGUGGAGGUGGCACGUGGCACGCUCAACGAGCGUCAACUUGCGAGUCGAGCAGCCAAUACUGCCCAGGUCGGAGUCUGGGCUCUAAAAAUGGUCAAGGACCAUACGCACGAUAAGGCUGGGUGGGAAGGGAAACUCCCCAAGGUGAUCCUCAACAUCCUGGAUGCUGACGAAAAUGACUCGGAAGCUGUCGAAAUGGCCAAGGUGGUUUCGCGGGUGAUCGUGUACUGGUGCGAGUGCUCUCUGGCAGCACAGAGUCUGUGCGCGUAUUGGGGUGGGAUGCUCAAUUUUCCCCAGCCCUCAAAAGGGGGACGGCGGAAGGCGAUUGCGGGAGGGAAUGAGUGA